CCGCAAGCUAGCUCCUCUCGCCUCCGUCUUCCCUCGGAAGUUAGAUUUCUAAAGACUCGCCUUGUUCUCAAAUUUGGGGUUCUUGCGCGUGGAGCGGCGAGCCAACGAGUAGGAUGGGGAGUACGGCGCAGUGGGUACCCGGAGGGCCAAGGCACGCCGCCGUCUUGGGGGCCGGGCGGCGCGGUUGUCGGGCUGAACAAGAUUCUGAUGGCUCGGCCCAAAGCACUGCUGAUAUGACUGCUUUUGUGCAAAAUCUUCUGAUGCAGAUGCAAACCAGGUUUCAAGCUAUGUCGGAGAACAUCAUUUCAAAAAUAGAUGAGAUGGGUAUGAGAAUCGAUGAAUUGGAGCAGAGCAUCAAUGACCUCAAGGCUGAGAUGGGCAGCGACAGCAUGACAACGCCAUCUAAGACAAAGGAUGAAGGGUCAAAACCUGCUGGCAGCUCUGCAUGAGCAAGCACAGCAGAAGCAGCUGGUAUCUUAGGCAUUUGUCGCUAACAAAUACCUGUUAUGAGGUUUCAUAUGAGAGAAGGUUGUUACUGAUGUGGUACUUCCGAUGUUUGUGGAAGUAUUUGCUAUGAUUUUUAUAUAAACUGUAUUCAUCCUGUAGACCUACUGGUGCUUAUGUACAUGCAUGUCAUGUCGGCUGCUAGAACGCUAGUAGAGAUUUAUUUAGCUUCUGGUGUUUGUGACAAGUAUCCGGUGAGAUUGCUGCUUUAUUCCUCUGUGUGACAUCGGAUCAAUACUCAUAAAAUAUGUGCAAUUUUUCGUA